UAUCAAAUAGAUAAAAUCGAAGGAGUGAGAUAAAUAUUAUAACCUAAAAGAAGCAAACAGUGAUUUAUCUUUAUUAUUUUGCCAAAUACUUAUUUUUUAAGCAUUAAAUUGCUUGAAAAUUGCUGUGAAGUUCAUCAUGCUAUUGCCGUAUUAUUAAUACUUUUACAUUUUCCAAUACUCGUUACAAUUUCCAUGUUGAUUGCACCAACGUAGUUCUUUAGCUAAAAAUACUUUAAAAUGUCUCUCAGCUAUUUAUCUCGGUUGAAUUUAUGCAGAAAGGUGGCUGAAGAUUUUCUAAAACCAGUUUAUGGCUACUACAGUUCCAGUCAGCGAGGGCAUAAGCAUUACAAUCCUAAAUUCAGAAAAUUUCGGGCAGCAAAGGUUAUAAAAGUGAAGCUUCCUGAUGAAGAAAAAUUGAAAAAGAAAGCAGAGGAUUAUACACCAGAAGAAAUUAGAACUCGUAUGAAAGAGCUUGGGAUUUUUCCGGUUUACUUUCCCAGAGAACGUCCGGUCUAUUUGAGUUCGACAAGUGGUGUUUUUGAAGCUUACGUCCCUCCUGAAGGAGAUGGGAAAGUUUCGAAAAUCACCAAAGAGGGAGCCAAACAAACUUGGGAAUUUAUUGAGAAGAAGGGAAAAUCCAUGCUCGCUUUAAGGAAAAUACGAUCAUUCGAUGAAGACUUUGAGAUUGAAGAUUUUUUGCCUAUGGCGCAAAAUACCUACAUAAAAAGUCAUGAAGCCAUGGCAGCGCGUGAUAAAGAAAACUUGAUUCAGUAUCUUACAGAGCGAGCUUAUCCCGAAGCCCUGUAUAACAUCGACAGGAAAACUAUUCAUUGGAAGUUUUUGAAAUCGAUCGAACCACCGAGAGUUGUUCAUGUCAGGCACACCAGUCUUAUCACCAAGGAGAAUUAUUUCGCUCAAAUUACUGUCAGAUUUCAUUCACAGCAGAUGCUGGCCGUAUACGAUCGAUUCGGGAGACUGAUUUACGGAAGCGAAAUUCUGGGCAAAGACGUUUUGGAGUAUGUAGUGUUCGAGAAGCAUUUAAGCAACCGCUAUGGAAGUUGGCGGAUCCACGAGAAGAUCAUCCCCGACUGGAAACCUCCUUCAGAGCCUGGACUGCUCACCUACAGGAUGACUGCCGAUGACCCUGAGCAGGAAGAGGAGGAAGAGGAUGCCAAGGAAGAACUGCAAAAGUCAACAGAACUGAGCUCAGUGAAUACCAAUGAGAAAAGUGUAGCUGCUACUGAAAGUGCUCUCGCUAGAGCUUAGCUUCUCUUAUUUGUAGUGUUUUGAUAUCUGUAAUAAUAAUUAUUGUUAAUUGAAAAUAUAGAAAAUCGUCAAAUA